AUGAAGAUUGCACACAGCAACGCUGCCAUGGGCAUGCUGAUAAUCGCCAAUGCAAUGUCGGCAACGGCCCAGAACAUGUCAUAUGGAGCCGACAACUUCUACCGCAGCAGAAACGUGACUGGCCACCCGAUUACCUUCAAGGACCAAUAUCAGAUGGAUAUCGCCGGAAACAUCUUCGUCAGCGACAGAAUCAACCGCACCGUCGGUCUCAAUCGCACCGCCAGCCUCCCGGCUAUCGUUGUCGGCCAUCCCAUGGGUGCCGUGAAGGAGCAGAGCUCCAACCUGUACGCUCAGAAACUGGCCGAGCAGGGUUUCGUCACGGUUUCACUUGAUCUCCCAUUCUGGGGAAGCAGCGAGGGCGAGCCGCGCAAUGCUGUAUCGCCAGACCUCUACGCAGAGGCAUUCAGCGCGGCGGUUGACUACCUCGGCACGCAGGAGUUCGUCGAUCGCGAGCGCAUCGGCGGUCUAGGCAUUUGUGGCAGCGGAUCCUUCCUGAUCAGCGCGGCGAAGAUCGACCCACGCGUCAAGGCCAUCGCCACAUCCAGCAUGUACAACAUGGGCGCUGUUGCGCGCCACGGGCUGCAGAGGUCUCAAAGCGUGGAGGAGCGCAAGGAGGUCAUCGAACAAGCAGUCCAACAGCGCUGGACUGAAGUGGAUGGUGGCGAAACUGAGUACACCCCCGGCACUGUCACUGAGCUGACGGCCAACUCGACGGCCAUCGAACGUGAGUUUUACGAUUUCUACCGCACCAGGCGUGGCGAAUUCACGCCUCCCGGCAUUUCAUCCAACAUCACCACUAUGCCGACAGUCUCGAGUAAUACGAAGUUCAUGAAUUUUUACCCGUUCAACGAUAUCGAUACUAUCUCGCCGCGUCCUAUGCUGUUUAUCUCGGGUGACCAGGCGCAUUCGCGUGAGUUCAGCGAGGACGCUUAUGCGCGUGCGGCUGAGCCAAAGGAGUUGGUUUGGGUUCCUGGUGCUGGCCACGUCGACCUGUAUGAUCGCGUGGAACUCAUCCCAUUCGACAAGCUCACUCAGUUCUUCCAGUCCAACCUCUCCUAG